AUGUGCUUGACCAAGAAGUUCCGACGGUACGAGAGCGACGGCGACGUUGCGCUACCGACUUCGGCUCUGGAAGCGGCCAUCGAUCAGAACUGCGUGCCCAUCCUGGCAUCGAUUGAAGCCAGGAGGGCGACGCAGGCCAUCUGGGACGGAUCGCUGGUGCAGAAGUACUCACCGCAAGGAUAUACGUACUUUGUGCCAUACGACAGGAAGGACGACGGCGCAUUCUUAUCGCAUUUUGACCCUGCGCGAUUGGGUGUACCCAAGUACUCGUACAUCACCAACAUCUUCCUGUGGGUAUUUUUCCUGGCCAUCUUCACCGUGCAGACGAGGACGCUCAAGUCGUUCGACAUGUUCGAAGGUAUCCUGUGGGUGAUGGCCGCAGGCUACCUGGUGGAAGAUGCGUCGCGCUGGGUCAAGAUGGGUGGACUGGGUGCGAUCGAGUUCUGGACGGUCAUCGAUAUCUGCACGGACGGCCUUCUACUGGUCUCAUUCUGCUUCCGCGUGGCUAGCUUUGUGGCACACGGGAAAAGGUCGGAUUCGUACGAGCUGCGGACGUUCCAAUUCCUGGCGUGCGUCGCACCUCUGAUCUGGGUGCAGCUCCUCAAGGUAUUUGACGGUUUCGUCUACUUUGGCACGCUGACGGUCAUCAUCCUGCGCAUGUUUAAGGAGAGUGCCAUCUUUUUCACAUUGCUGGCCUUGGUCAUGGUCGGCUUUGGACAUGCAUUCCUUGCGCUCGACGCUGCGGACGAGGCGGUGGUGGACAACGUGCUGGUCAAAAUUAUCGACCUGCUCAUCCAGUCGGUGUUGGGCGGAGCCGACUUCGACCUGACGAGCGAGGAUGCGUUCGGAUAUCCAUACGGCCACAUCCUGUACUACGCGUACUGCUUUGUGACAGCGGUGAUUCUGCUCAACAUCCUCAUUGCCUUCUUUGGCACGGCGUACAGCGAUGUGGUGGACUCAGCCGACGAAGUGUACGCGGCCUUCUUCUGCCAGAAGGUGAUUUCGAUGGUGAGGGCUCCGGAUCAGUUUGUGUACCUGCCACCGUUCAACCUGCUGGAAGCGUUCGUCAUUGCGCCACUGGAAUGGGUCACAUCGCAAGAGACGUACGCCCGAAUCAACUAUACGGUGCAAUCGGUGCUCUUCGGCGUGCCGAUGAUGUGGAUCGCGUUUUAUGAAAGCAGAAAGGCGCGAAACGGGGGCUCGAUUCGACUUCCGAUGUUGGAGACGGAGGCUAGAGACCCCUCGCAAACGACGCUGAGCGGCACCGAGGAGGACCCGAUCGUACCAGAGAUGGAGGGAAGCGGGGGAUUGCAAAUCUCGCGAACCAAGUUCGAGGAUCUCGUAGGCAUGUUCCAGCGCUGA